UAAUGUAUUUUUUGAGAACAUCUCAUAUUUAAGAAGUUAAAAAUGUAUUUUUGACUUUUCACACAAGAUUUUAUGGGACUGAAAAAUAUCAAUUUGUUAAAUUGAUUUAACAAAAUGAUAGAAUUCAGUUACAUGAUUGAUGGAUCCUGAUAGAGGUAAAAGUCUAGAGGGGGGGGGGGGGGGGGUGAAUAGACUUUUAAAGCUUUUUCACUUUUAAAACUUUUCCCUUCUAAAUGAGUUGAUCUAUAAUCUUUUGAGAGAUUUAUAGAUGCACAUCGGAAGUCUUCAACCUCUUUGAAUAAACAGUGUGAAACAACUUUCUUUCUUGGGUGAAGUUUGAGCUUAAACAGAAUGCUUGGUCUUUGACCGUGAGCAGUUGGCUUGGCAGUUGCCUGGAUGACAGGGAACUGCUGAGGCAACUGCUAGUGGAAAAUAGGAGUUUGGAAAAGAUGAUUAUGUGGCCUUAUGCAGAAUGAUGAGGGCUUUCUGAAGAUGUAAUGAGCUGGAGAUAAAAAGGGGUUUUGUUUAAGCAGAGGUCUAAGUAGUUGGGUGGACCCAGGAGACUGCUAAGGAACCUGCUGCAUAUGAAAGAUGUAUUUCUGAAUACUGGCAAAACGGACCUUUUAGUGGUGAUAUUGUAAGGCUUUUGUGGAAAGAUUGUCUCUAAGAAAAGUGAGUAAUUAAGCAGUAGGGUCAAUUAAGACUACUGGUUGGGAUGGUGCUGGCAAACUACAAUCCUUUUGUGAGAAGUGUUUGGUGUGUGCUUUGUUGACUGAAGGUAAAUCAACGCAUAGUAUAUCCUGGUUCAGAGGUGGUGUAAUCCUCCUACGUCCAGUCCCACCCUAUCUCAGAUGGAUUUCCACUAAAGUAUUAAGCCCAAUACAGUUAGUGUCAAUCUAGCCUUUACAACUCUUAGGCCUAGAUAGAAGGUGUUUCACAAUGAGUAUAGCACCACUCAAAGUUACUCAAUCCUUUAGAUUUUUCUCAAUUGAUCCAGUGGGGAUCAAAGGGUACUCUAUCUAUCUAACCACACUUUAGGUUCCGAACAACUGUUCUCCUAAGUGUUUACAACCACAAUUUGUGAGAUAUUACAAGAAAGUUCUGGUCACCAACUAAGAACUAAGCUCUAAAAGUAUGAGAGUGUUGAUCUAAUCUAAGAGCUUAGUGAAGCAUGAGUCAAAGCAGAGAGUGAAGUUAUGAUCGAGCACUUUCUCUAUUGCUAGAUAUCCUUUGAAUGCUUAUAGGAUCUCUCUACUUUGAACUCAAGAACUUGGUUUUGAACUCAUGCUUUGGCCUCUAUUUAUAGGCGUCUCCGGUAGAUUAAUCUCAUUCGUUGGUUGAGAUGAAUUAAUCUUAGUCGUUGAAUCCUGGUUUCAGAAGAUAACAACUUGUUGCUUGUCUUCUUCUUUGGAGCUGAUAACUUCUUUGUCCUUGUGUGCCUAGCCGCUGCAUUUUUCUCCUUCAUAGGCUUCAAGUUAACUGCGCAUCCCAUACUGUACGUCUUUGCAUUAAAUGCUCUCCAUGUUGGAUUCCUUUGAUUGGCUCCGGAUAGUCACGAGAUGAUAUAACAAAUAAUGGCACGCAUAACUUGGGACUAAUAAACUUUAUACUGGUAGGAUUUGAAUAUCCUUUUAAGGUAAAUGAAUUUACCUUAUUGCAUUUUUACUUUCCAGUAUUGAAUUUAGUAAUCCCAAAAGUUAUACAUUUAUUUGUCCUCAAUUAUACACAUGUAUUAUUUAUUUCUGUGUGACUUUCAUCUUUGUGAUGAAUUAAAAUGUGUGUGUUAAGUAAAAUAUAUACCGGUAGGAUUUAAAUAUCCUUUUAAGGUAAAAAUUACCUUAUUGUAUUUUGACAUUUCCGGUAUAUUUUACUUGACACACACAUUUUACUUUUGAUAUUUGGUCACUCUUGGUUUGUAUGUCCCAGCUAGUAUUUCGACCAUAAAUCAAAUAUUUAACUGGUAGGAUAACAAAUCCUAUUAAGGUAAAAAUUAUUACCUUAUUGCAUUUUGUGUUCCAGUUAAAUAAAUAAUUAGUUGCACGAACUGUAUCCUGUUUUUUUUAUGUUCAUUUGAUAUAACAAAUAAAUUUAACUGGUAGGAUCUAAGAGAAAUCCUUUUAAGGUAAUCGAAUAUUACCUUAUUGCAUUUUAUGUUUUUCCAGUUAAAUUUAUUUGUUAAUUGAUAAUUGCAACAAGACACUUUACUAGCCAGAAUACAAAAUAGUUAAGGUUGAAUGCUACAAAAGAUAGGGGAUAUCAAAACUAUGGCAUCAUCAAAACUAUUUAUCAAAAUCUAGGGGUCCAACAAUGAUAAUAAAUUUUCAUAAUUGUAUAUUCUAAAUCUAAACAUGAGUUAAGUUAUUUUUAUUUUUAAGUACAUAAAAUAAAAGAAAAAGAAUAUUAAUGACUUUCAUUGACCGACCGGAUAUGAAAAACCUUAGGUGAGUUUCCAAAAAUGACCAAAAAAAUAUUAAAUUUGACUUAUUUGGUAUAUUUACAGCCAUUACUUACAAAAUUCUGGAACUGAUCGUUUUUUGAAAAUCAAAUACAGAAUUGUCUCUCAAAAUUUGAAAAAACCAGAAGUAGUAUGAGUCAGUUUAUGGAGCCCCAUAUGACUCUCUUAUAGAGCCAUAUGAGGUAUUGUUACCAUCUUUACCAUUCAAUUUUUAAGUGGAUGGGACCACUUAAAAAUUGAAUGGUAAAGAUGGUGCCAUAAUACCCCAUAUGACUCCAUAAUGGAAUCAUAUGGUGAUAUGGAGCUCUAUGAAAUUUUUGGAAAUAGUAUAGGAAGUUUUAUUCUUAGUUUGUUCUACAUUAUAUUCUUCUUAGAAAGAAGAAUACGAACCAAGCAUUCCAGUCCAGCUGGUUGUGAGGUUACCGUGCUUAGUGGGAGAUCUCGAGUUCGAAUCCCGCUAGGCACACAAGGGUGUGAAACUCAAUGGAGUGGGGUUUCCCCUGAUUACUCCAGACUCCCCCCAGCCCCCUCCCCCAGACCCCCUGGAGUAAAAAAAAAAAAAGAAUAUGGAAAAUCAACUAAGAUGCAUAUUGAGGAUAACUAACUCAUUCUAUGAACCAUUUGUAACAACAAAACGCUGAUAGAAGUUAUUACUACGUAUUAAAUAAAAAUAAUUCUUUCACUUCACUAUUACAUGAUAUAUAAAAGAAACUGAAAGAUAAUUUAGAUUAUUCAAAUACGUAUCUAAAAUUCUGCAAAUGAAAUGAAAAGGCGUGUCACAACAGCUAAACUGUCUCAAACUUCCAGAUACAUAAAAGAAAAUCAAUUUUGAUAUAUCUUAUGAUAUGAAACAAUAUGUAAUAAAUAUCGAAUGAAAUACCAGUGGAGAGGAGUUUGAGUCAGACAUGAAACAGUUUUCAACUGAGAAGCAAGAACACCUUCAUUUUAAAUCGGACUUAGAAUUAAAAAUUAAAGCAAAAAGUCAGUAAAACUCACGAGAUUGAUUGAUGAAAACAGUUUCCCAAUAACUCAUCUGAAAUCAAAUUGAAAGACGAGUGAAGCAGACUGAUGUUUUGAGGAGGAAGAUGAAUGGAUUUCGGUCUUAGAAACCCUCGGGUGAAAUACGUUAAUAGAACAAUAGAAUGGGG